CAGGGAGGCGGCGCGGACGCACGCACACACACGCACGCACGCCGGCCCUCUCCUACUCGCGCCGCUCCCGCAGCUCCAGCGUAUACUAGCAGCGCUGUCCACCUGUCCGAGAUGCUGCGGGUCUGUCAUUUAUCUGGCGUGACCUUCGCCGCCCAGAGUUGUCUUUGUGGGAAGUUUAUCCUCCGUCCCUUACGACCAUGCCGUAGAUACUCUACUGCAGGCAGUUCUGGGUUGUCUCCUGCCAAAAUUGCUGGGGCUGGUCUUUUGUUUGUUGGUGGAGGUAUUGGUGGCACUAUCCUGUAUGCCAAAUUGGAUUCUCAUUUCCGAGAAAGUGUAGAGAAAACCAUACCUUACUCAGACAAGCUCUUUGAGACGGUUCUUGGUUCCUCACCUUAUAGUAUUUCAUUGUCAAAGAAGCCGAUUGAGUCUGGUCCACUAAAAAUCUCCAGUGUAUCAGAGGUAAUGAAAGAAUCUAAACUGCCUGCCUCACAGCUCCAAAGACAAAAGGGCGACACUCCAGCUUCAACAGCAUCGACAGAGGCAGCCAAAAUUAUUUCUGCAGCAGGUGAUACACUGUCGGUCCCAGCCCCUGCGGUUCAGCAUGAGGAAUCUAUAAAAACUGGUCACCCUCACAUUGAUGAAGGAAAACCCAAGUCUGCAACUUCAGAGGAAGCAUCCUCAACUUCUGUAAGGGAGCGACCACCUGAAGAAGUUGCAGCUCGCCUUGCACAACAAGAAAAGCAAGAACAAGUUAAGCUUGAGUCUCUAGCUAAGAGCUUAGAAGAUGCUCUGAGCCAAACUGCUCACAUCACUCAGCAGGCCGUUGUAGCUCAGAACGCUGCAGUCCAGGCUGUCAAUGCCCACUCCAACAUACUGAAAGCAGCCAUGGACAAUUCUGAGAUUGCAGGUGAGAAGAAGUCAGCUCAGUGGCGCACAGUGGAAGGUGCACUGAAGGAACGCAGAAAGGCAGUAGAUGAGGCUGCCGAUGCCCUUCUCAAAGCCAAAGAACAGUUGGAGAAGAUGAAAAGUGUGAUUGAAAAUGCAAAGAAAAAAGAGGUUGCUGGGGCCAAACCUCAUAUAACUGCUGCAGAGGGAAAACUUCACAACAUGAUAGUUGAUCUGGAUAAUGUGGUUCAAAAGGUUGAAGCAGCUCAGUCUGAGGCUAAGGUUGUGUCUCAGUAUCAUGAGCUUGUGGUCCAAGCCCGCGAUGACUUUAAGCGAGAAUUGGACAGUAUUACUCCACAAGUCUUGCCUGGGUGGAAAGGAAUGACUAUUUCUGACCUAGCUGACAAGCUAUCUACCGAUGACCUGAACUCCCUGGUUGCUCAUGCACAUCGUCGCAUCGACCAGCUAAACAGAGAGCUCGCAGAGCAGAAAGCCACGGAGAAGCAGCACAUUGCGUUAGCCUUGGAGAAACAGAAGCGGGAAGAAAAGCGGGCGUUUGACUCUGCAGUGGCAAAAGCAUUAGAACACCACAGGAGUGAGAUACAGGCUGAACAAGACAGAAAGGUAGAGGAAGUCAGAGAUGCCAUGGAGAAUGAAAUGAGAACCCAGCUCCGCCGACAGACUGCUGCACACACUGAUCACUUACAAGAUGUCCUCAGGGUGCAGGAACAGGAACUGAAACAAGAAUUCGAACAGGACCUGUCUGAAAAACUUGCCGAACAAGAAUUAGAGUUCCGUCGGCUCAGUCAGGAGCAAGUUGACAACUUUACUCUGGAUAUAAACACUGCCUAUGCCAGACUGAGAGGAAUCGAACAGGCCGUUCAGAGUCACGCAGUUGCUGAAGAGGAGGCCAGAAAAGCCCACCAACUCUGGCUCUCGGUGGAGGCACUCAAGUACAGCAUGAAGACGGCGUCUGCAGAACUGCCCACUGUCCCGCUGGGUAGUGCUGUCGAGGCCAUCAGAGCCACCUGUUCUGAUAGUGAAUUUGCCCAAACUUUAACCGCAGCGAUCCCUCCAGAGUCCCUGACCCGUGGGGUGUACAGUGAAGAGACCCUUAGAGCCCGUUUCUAUGCUGUCCAAAAACUGGCCCGGAGAGUAGCAAUGAUUGAUGAAACCAGAAAUAGCUUAUACCAAUACUUCCUCUCCUACUUGCAGUCCCUGCUCCUAUUCCCGCCUCAGCAACUGAAGCCACCUGUGGAGCUCUCCCCUGAGGAUAUAAACACAUUUAAGUUACUGUCCUAUGCCUCCUAUUGCAUUGAGCAUGGUGACCUGGAGCUGGCGGCGAAGUUUGUCAAUCAGCUGAAAGGGGAGUCCAGACGAGUGGCGCAGGACUGGCUCAAGGAAGCCCGGAUGACUCUAGAAACUAAACAGAUAGUGGAAAUCCUGACAGCAUACGCCAGCGCUGUAGGAAUAGGAACCACCAGAGUGCAGCAAGAGUAAGGCCUACAAGUUUUGCCAGAGGAAGUCAACAGUAAUACGUGAAGGGUUAACAGCAGGGUCCCAGAAUUGUCUAGAAAGGGGCAGGUUACAAAUGCUGUUCUAAAUGUUAACACCUGUUGCAUUUAUAUUAUUAUUUCCACUUGCUAUCAUGUCAGUGAACUCCAGGAGUACUUCCUUUGCAACUUGUGUAAUAACAUUUUCCGUUUUUCAGGUUUUACUGAUCAGGCUUGUGAGCCAAUCAAAAUGAUGUUUGUGAUCCCUAUUAUUAUUGAUUUUGCCCCUGGAGCAAACUAAAUAAAACAGAUGAAAACUGAGUAGCUUA